UGCCCCUUCCUCCUGGGCUGGCGUCUGUUUCUCGGAGCGGAGGAGGUGCCCGCGCCUCGCAGGAGGGCUGCGGAGCGUUAGUAAACGAAUACCCGCAGUCCGUGCGUGCUGCGUGAGCCGCGCUCAGCCCUCCGAGUUGGGGCUCCGCUGAUGGCCGCGUGCGCGUGCACUUUUCAGAUGCGCCCGUUCUGAAUCCAGCACGGAUCAGUGAUGACUCUGGUUCUUCCUAUAGGCGGUCAGCGUUACGGGGAGCCCCGGAUGUCGUAGUCUUUUGCCUCAGCUGCUGGCGUUGGGGAGGAAGAGCGCUGGGAGCCCAUCUGCCGCAGCCGCUUCCAGUCAAAGCGGAAAAUCAUCGGGCGCUGAUGGGGAUCGUUUGUCCGAGUACUUCCUCCUGAACAGCCUUCAGAAGCGGCCGGCGGACGGCGCGGAAGCCGUUUGGGAGUUCCCAGUCUGAGCGUUCUUUUCCUGGAAGUACGGAGGAUCUCACCCUCGGACACUUGUGCGCAUAGCAUGGAUACGUGGCUGACUUCAUCACGCUUGGAAUGCUUUCGCUAUCCAGAUGAAGUGCUUUUAGGUUUUUAGGCAGUUUUUUUUCUUUUUCUGAGCACUGCUCUGUCUACAGCUGGAGUUGUAGACUGGCUCCAGGUCAGAUGCAGCCUGAGUCACUGUAUGAACACUACUGAAAAGCUUCAUGGCAGAUAUUAUUUUCCUUACAUUAUUUUUUAGAUUUUCUGAUGUAGCCUUUUGUCGUUUUGCAGUGCAACCGAUUUUCUAAAUGAAGAGUCUAACAGAAAUCUGUUUAUCCUUUUUUUUCUUUUUAUUUUAUUUAAUAUUUUGGAAAAAUGUUGCCAAUAAGCAAUAUGGCGGUAUCUAGAUAGCUGUUGUUUACAGACGCUUCUGUUACCUGGAAUGAAGAUGUGUUCCUCGGUUCAGAUGUGAAAUUUGGAUUUUUAGCUUUGCAGUUUGUGACAUAAAAAGUGUAUUUAUUUCAUUUGGAGCUGAUGGUUCUCAUAGUGAUACGUUCAUGGAAUAGACAACUGAAGAAGCUUUCAAAGAAAAAACAAACUUUUUGAGUGAGAGACUUGGUAGAUUUUGAAAUCUGUAAGCAAGAAGGAUGGGUAGCUGAUUCCUGUGAGAUCAAAUCUAUGUCAAACAGCUACGAAUGUAGUUUCAACAAGAACUUGGGAUUUUAUCUCAAGGAAAACAAACUGGAAAAAUACAAAUCACGUGGAACUAACACCUUGUGCGGUCCUCUUGGAUUAGGGACUUGCCACGAGGUGCUAAAGCCUUGUUUCAUUGAUUUGGAGAGACUGGACCUAAAUGGCGCAGCAUGACUUUGCUCCAGCCUGGCUUAGUUUUCCUACUCCACCAUCAUCAACAAAGUCAUCAUUGAACUUUGAGAAGCAUUCUGAAAAUUUUUCAUGGACAGAGAAUCGUUAUGAAGCAAAUCGCAGAAGGCACAACUCUUCUGAUGGAUUUGAUCCUAACACUGGACGACCUAAUGGAGGGCAUUUUGGGAGGAAAGAGAAGAAUGGUUGGCGUUCACAAGGCAGAAAUGGUACAGAAAAUAUAAACCACCGUGGAGGAUACCAUGGUGGAGGUUCCCGCUCUCGUGCCAGCACUUUCCACUGUGGAAAAAGCCAGGGACUGCAUGAGAACAAUGUACCUGAUAAUGAUCCUGGGAAAAAGGAAGAGAAGGAAGUACCCAAGCAAUUUGAGGCUGAGGAUUUUCCGUCUUUGAAUCCUGAAUAUGAGAGGGAGCCAAACCAGAAUAAAUCUUUAGCAGCGGGUGUGUGGGAGUAUCCUUUGAACCCUAAAUCCAGAUCUCCAAGGAUGCUCGUCAUUAAAAAGGGCAGUACAAAAGAACUGCAGAUAUCUGGAUUCCCUGUAGUAGGAAAUCUUCAUUCACAGCCAGUAAAAAAUGGUACUGGCACUAAUGUUUAUAAAGGAUUAGUCCCUAAACCUGCCACUCCAUCUGCAAAGCAUACACAGUGGAAAAGCCAAGCAAAAGAAAAUAAAAUUGUGAAUCCAUUUCCUCUCGAAUCUUCAUAUGGUAGUGGCAAUUUCAGUCCUUUCAAAUCAAUUGCCAAGGCAUUUCCUGUAUCCCAGAACUCAGUGAGAGAGUGUAAUCGGUCAAAUUCUUCAUCCCCUGUUGACAAAGUUGGUCAGCCUCGUUUAACAAAAUUGACUAGAACACGGACUGAUAAGAAGAGUGAAUUUUUGAAAGCACUGAAACAAGAUAGAGUGGAAGAAGAGCAUGAGAAUGUUGGGCAAGAGAAGGAUGGUGACUCCCUUAACUUACAUAACAGCAACAGUAGUCAUCAUGAGAGAGAUAUAAACCGAAACUUUGAAAAUGAAAUUCCACAACAGAAUGGCAAUGCUUCAAUUACAUCUCAACAGGUCAUUCGAUCUUCGGCUUUUCCUCAGGCAAAUAUUCUUUCAAGCUCGCUUGAGGCAGAGCACAGGUUGUUAAAGGAAAUGGGCUGGCAGGAAGAUAGUGAAAAUGAUGAAAUUUAUGCUCCACUGACAGAAGAUGAGAUGAGGGAAUUCCAAGUCAUUAGUGAACAGUUACGAAAAAAUGGUCUACGGAAAAAUGGCCUCAUCUGUAAUUUUAAAUUUAGCCCCUGGAAAAACAGCACUUUCACACCUGCUCUGGAAAAUGAAGAUUCUGAGACAAGCAGCAGUGAUACAUCAGAUGAUGAUGAUGUAUGAAGAUUUCUGUAACAUCUCCAGAAGCUUGUUUUGAUACCAUGAAAAUAUGGGGAUGUAUUGUCCAAAAA